GCACAGGCAGAAAUCGAUGCUGUCGUAGGUCAGGACCAAUUUCCCGCGUUUGAGGACAGAGUAAAGCUUCUGUACAUCGACCUCAGAGGGCUCCCACGUCACGUAAUGAGGGAAGACGUCUACGAAGGGUACAGCGUACUUAAGGGUGCGAUCGUUAUCGUAAGCAUUCUUUCCAUUUCACAAGAUAAUGAGUUGUACCUC